UCUGGCUUAUAGCAGUAUACAAACGGGACGCUUUCGUUGCUCUCGUCGGUCGCACGGCGUAUUUUUCUGGCGGUGUCUUUCCGUGCUUAAGACGUAUAACAAUGUAGUUAAUGUGACUGGAGAUCUUAGUGCAUAAGGUUGGCAAGGAUGCCUCAUAAAAGGUCGCCAGAUAUCAAUGACAGCUGCGAUAUCGUGAAUUCGAGUUUCUCAGACCGUGCGAGUCGCUACGUCCCACUUGCCGGACUACUGGUGGUAGUUCUGCUCAUAUUCGUCCACGCUGUCGUCUAUUUAAGUAAAGAAAAUGGUCUUCGAGCUCACAACAUCUACUCAUACUUGGAAGAGCUGGUAAAUUCAAUUGCAUCUGCAGAUCAGUUUUGGAGAGCUACUUUAUAUGGAAUUGGAAUUCUUGUCGCAACAUUUAUGAUGGUUCUCUACAACAGUAGAAUCCCUGGAAUUGAGCCACCACUGCCGUGGGACAGCACUGACGGCCCUGUCAUCACUGUGUCAUAUGCAAUGUGUCCCUUAAUGGGCCUGCUGACAUUUGUGUACUGCCUUAAGCCUGAUCUUUUUACCUGGACUUCGUAGUCAUAAAUCCAGUCCACGGUAUCUUGUAUAUCAGAUAGUACAAAUUUUGGGGCACCAAUGUACUUGCGCAACCAUAACUAAGUUUCAAAAAAAUAUCUUCAUACAAUUUGUGCAUAUGGAAUGCCAUCCUUCCUAACAACCUUCACAAAACCGGGAAAUUUGAUUGUUAUAACCAUCUGUUUUUGUAUGCAGCCAGAUUUCAUACACCUUGAAUAUAUAAUAUAAUAGGGAAAGCCCAUUGCUAUAAUAACCUUCAGCAAUUGCACGUAUUAUCAUAAAAUGACUGCACUGCCUGCCUCUAAUAAAUAACAGAUCACAGUGUACAUGUUAUUCCAUGCAGCUGAUUAAAUCUUUCUUGCAGUUCAUAGCCCUAAAUGGCAUAAAGUAUAGUGUAUACCAAGGCUGCACAACUCAAAACCAGCAAGGGCCAAAACCAGCUUCUCUGGUAGCCAUAUGGGCUGUACUUUAGUGGGAGGCUUUGCAUGUUUUACUUGCAGAAAGACUCUGUUUGGUGUCAUCAUGCUCGUUGCUGUCCAUUUGAACAUGGAAUUCACCUCUUUGUUAAAGUCCUCAAAGAGAGCGUAUCCACAUAGGCAUAGGUGCUUCUUGAGACACCAGUUUCAGGACAUUGUUAGUCACAUCUCUGUGUUUGUUCUUAGCAACAUUCCCAUACUAUCGGAGGGGAUGCUCCUUUUUCAUGCCUUUUACUCUCUGGUAAAGAGUGUUGCUAGAUGGAGUUCAACUUGCAUUGUAUAGUCAAUCUUGCACACACACCCAACAAAAGCAUCUGUUUGCAAGUGCUACCGCCCACAAUCAUACAAUUGAAAAAUAUUGGAAAACUGCAUGUUUGAUCCAACUAUGUAUGCUUUGCCAAUAAUACAGUCUUGCUGUUGGUAACUUCGCGAACACAUUCAGUGGCCGUGCGUCUUAUCUGCUUUAUCAAAAGAUCUUACACUCCCACGCCAUUUUUGUUUUAAUGUGCUUUGCACCAAGAACUGUUCAUGUCAUGUAGUUCUCCUGAAUGUUCGUGGCGUGUAUCAAGUUGGGCAACAAACUUGUUUUUUUUUUAUUAUGUGCUCCUGCUCUGAUUGAAGAACCGGCACACCAUGUGAGUCUCUCGGCCACAGACCGCUAAAAAUUCACUAUCGUAUGUUGUGCAGCCCUGCUGUGUGCAGUCUUUGACAUUAGUAGAGCUAUACAUGUAAUUGAUGAGCAGAGCUCUUUAAAUUCAAGAUGAGUGAAAGACAUCAGUAAAAAAAUGUGAUGUUUUAAUUUUGUGCAAUUACUUGUAUGUUGAAUGGUUUGAAACAGAAUCAAUCGCUAAGGCACAGCCACCCAACAGAGGAUAGUUAUACCAAAUUAUAGCACAAGGUUUUCAUGACCAGUAAAUAGUAUUGAAGGAGUGAAUUACUCUCACUUCUUUUUGAGUUGAAAGCUUUGUAAUAGAGCUGACAUACCAAUUAAGUGCAUGAAUUCGUUUAUAUAUUGCGAAAAAUGUGUUAUGGGGUAUUGUUUCUUCCUUUCAACCCUUUGUGUGUCAAUUUUGUAAUAAUCCUUACAGCAUUGCUGUUGAAGUCACACUAUAGUCAGGGACAACUCAGGAAUGCAGGAAAGAUUCCUCCCAAAAACCAAUGAUGCACCUGCCUUAGAUCCCUCUCCAUUUUAAGCAAUAGUUCCUUUACAAAUCUAUGAGCAUAAAGAAAAGCUGCCCUAGUUGUUCAGCAGUGGAGAGCAGGCUGCAGUCAUGCACCACACACACAAGCAGCCAAAAUUUCCCUGUGUGAAGAUGCAGAAGACAGCUUGCAGCAAAAGCAGGUCACUUCAAUAGGGGUUUCGACUGACCGCCUGUACAAAGUACCCCUCGCCAGCACCAUCCCCUUGCCGAGAAACACCACAAAUGCCCAGCUGAUCCCUUCACAGAUGUAGGUGUCACUCGCAACUGAUAAACAAGUUCCUUCUUCUGGGUAAAGGGUUUCACAAGAAUGGAUUGCUUGAGAGAGAGAAUAAACAUUUUUAUUGGGUGAAUGCGACAAGCAAAGGCAGGGACUAAGAUACUGAGGCGUCUCAUACUUUACAGAACAAAGGAACGACAACACAUGGUAGUGCAAACAAACAAAAGGGAAUUUAUUUUACCUUGUAUACAGUAAUCCGGCUAGCUGAGCCAACCAUUACAAAGCAAAUGGAACACGCUGAGGAAUAGAGGGUGCUCGACUCGCCAUGCAAGGAUAUCAGGCAAAUAGAUUAGCUCCAUGUCAAACAUUCAUGCCAAAGUCGUCCGCAGGUGAAGUCUUGCAAAUGGAAAGGUGUCUACGGGUCAAUCCUGCGGAGCACACCGUUGAGUGUGUUCAGUCCACACACAACGAUGACGAUGUCCCGCAACCAUAGAGGAGGAAAGAAGUUCCUCUUGCACACGAGUAUCCAUGCCAUCAGGUGGUGGUAGCAUUGGAACACAGGUGGCAUCUCGUACUACUGUGCAACUACACCGAUUUCUGGCACUGCAUGUGCUAUGCGUGGAAGCCAGAUUGCAGGAGACACAACAGGGGACGUGAGAGUCAAGUCUCCCCACAAUACAAAAAUGAUGAUGGAGAGGGAGAAAGAAGCUAGGUGAUUUGCUAGAAUAUUUAUACACAUCUCCUUUGAAUGGCACUUGCCGCUGCAUUCUAGACCUGUUACUGGCCAUAGCUACAGUGACAUGCUUACAUGACAGCAUGUUAUGUUUCUUCUUUAGGGCCCUCUUGUUGGCUCAUCACUGUGUUUCGAUACUUUACAAACUUUGAUCUCUUUUUGUUGCACAAGGUUUACUUCUGUAUUAUUUCUGAAAAUAAAAGCCACUAUUCACCA